CCCGCCCCUCGUGCGGGGCCCGGAUGAAGAGUAACGCCAUUACCGCCGGAGCUGCCGAGAACCCUAGCGGACGCACACUGGACGCUGACCGGCCUCGCCAUGAGACUCCUCCCCCGCCUGCUGCUGCUGUUCCUGCUUGCCUUCCCGGCCGCCGUGCUGCUCCGCGGUGGUCCCGGAGGGUCAUUAGCUGUGGCUCAAGAUCUUACAGAAGAUGAAGAAACAGUGGAAGAUUCAAUAAUUGAAGAUGAAGAUGAUGAAGCUGAAGUAGAGGAAGAUGAACCCACAGAUUUGGCAGAAGAUAAAGAAGAAGAAGAUGUAUCUGGUGAACCAGAAGCUUCACCAAGUGCAGACACAACUAUCUUAUUUGUAAAAGGAGAAGAUUUUCCAGCAAACAACAUCGUGAAGUUCCUGGUAGGCUUUACAAACAAGGGGACAGAAGAUUUUAUUGUUGAAUCGCUAGAUGCCUCGUUCCGUUAUCCUCAGGACUACCAGUUUUACAUCCAGAAUUUCACAGCUCUUCCUCUGAACACGAUAGUGCCACCGCAGAGACAAGCAACUUUUGAGUAUUCCUUCAUCCCUGCAGAGCCCAUGGGGGGACGGCCCUUUGGUCUAGUCAUCAAUCUGAACUACAAAGAUUUGAAUGGCAAUGUAUUCCAAGAUGCUGUCUUCAAUCAGACAGUCACUGUUAUAGAAAGAGAGGACGGGUUAGAUGGCGAAACAAUUUUUAUGUAUCUGUUCCUUGCUGGCCUUGGGCUUCUCGUUGUUGUUGGCCUUCAUCAACUCCUAGAAUCCAGAAAGCGGAAGAGACCUAUACAGAAAGUAGAAAUGGGUACAUCAAGUCAAAAUGAUGUUGACAUGAGCUGGAUUCCCCAGGAAACUUUGAAUCAGAUCAAUAAAGCUUCUCCAAGGCGGCUGCCCAGGAAGCGGGCACAGAAGAGAUCGGUGGGAUCUGAUGAGUAAAUGUUCUUUGUGCAGCAGUUCAGUCUGUGCUUCCCUGCCCUAAUGUUCUUCGGCCACAUGGCCGUCAGCGCAGAGAAGCCGUACGCCAUAGAAGGCAGCUGCUGCUUAUGUGUGGACUGAGCCGUCUGUGGCGAUAACACUGCUGGAAGGGCACUGCAUUCGUUUUCUAAAGUAACAAAUUUGGGUUUUUUAAACCAUUAAACUGUGUGGCUGUGAAUGUCUGUGAGCAGCUGUCGUACGAGAAUCAUUGUCAAACUACCUGAAACAUGCCUUUAGAAUGCUCAGCAAAACGCUGUUGCCGCUUCUCUUGUGAUACUUUCUGAACUUUGUCCUCAAGCGCAAUUGGUAUUUGUCCAAAGUGUGGUUUUAGGUGUUCUACCAUGAAUUGCUUUGAGGAAAUAAUUUGUUUAUUUCUUGGACUCAAUCAAAUCCAAACUGAUGGCACAAACUGGCCUUUUGCUUGCUGUCUGUCACAGCUGUGUUGUAAAGGCACAGCAGGAGUGGCCGCGCUGUGAGCAGAGGCAUGUGGGGUAUUGGCUGCUCUCUACUCUGUGCGCAUCUUCAGGAACCUAACAGUGGAGUCAAGGAAUUUUGGAAUAUCUAACAACAAAAUUGUGAAACCUGACAAUUCUGCUGACAGUAGUAUAGAAAUCCUAAUUCUAUGCUUGGUUUUUGUUUUUAAACAAAAAACUGUAGGUUGUUGUAUUGUCUAUUGUUCUGUGUGACCUGGGAAAGCUCUGGAGUGACCUCCUUUGUUUGCUUGCUUGUUGUCUUUAAGCAGAACAUUUUGUUCUUAGUAGAAAUAAUCUUAAGAAAAAUUGUCAUAGACCAAUGUCAUUACAUUUUAGGGGCAAGCAUACAUUUCAGUUAAUCCUAAUACACAAAAAUUUUAAUUGGAAAUUUUUUAAGUAGUUAAUGAAGUUUAUCUUUUAACCUGAGUUUUUGGAGCUUUUGACCUACUUUUUGUCUUUAUUAAUGUGAAGAUUUCCCAAAAUUCAAGCACUUAAGAUUUCAAGACCAAAAUUAAGUUGGGUUUGAUAAAAAUUCCUUCAGUUACUUUGCCUGAACUAGUGAACCGAGUUUGGCGUUAUUGUCAGACUUACUAGAAAUGAAAUAGUAUUGUGACUGGGUAAGAGGCUCUGCUCUGCUUUUAAGCCAUAAUCCCCAUGUGUUAUAAGAAAAUAGUUAUUUCCGUGGCUCUCUUAUUCCUGGCCUCUUUUCAUUCUUGUUUUCUUGUGGUCCAAUCCCUUCCACAGAUAGCUAAAGGAAAACAACAGAACAAAAUACACACAGAAACAAAACUUCCAAGCUGUUCUACAUGUGAGCCAAAGCCAAUAAUGAUUAAAGGUCUUCUGUAAUUGUUAAUCACUCAUCCAAAAGGGGCUGAAAUGUCAAAUUGCCUGUAUUUGCAUUGCUGAACUGUAAAUCUUUAUUGCCUGUAAUAUAAUUUGUGUGGGUUUUUAAUUGAGCUAUAUAAUCAGUUUAUUUUGAAAAGGUUCUUUGAGGCCUGCGGAACUGUGUGGUUUUUGACUGAAUGUAAUAUAGGAGACCUUUCUCAUUCUCAAGAAACAUUUUCCAGAACCUGUGACGAUCUCAGUUUGCUAAGUUACUGUAACAUGUUACAGUGAGGUGUGAGUAAUUAAAACCUUUAAAUGGCCUAUAGAGUUUGACUAAACACCUGAUAAAACAUGGGCAGUUGCAGAAACCACACUUACAGCUACCACUUUCUCCUCCCUAAGUAAGCCUUUAUUACCAGCUCUUUCGUUCCUGGGGCCCAGAUUAGAGCCUCAGGGGUAUAGAACGUAUUACUUUUAGUGUAGACUGGGGGACCGUUGAGAACUUGAGUCCUCAGGCGCCAGGCGUCUGCUGUAGCAUCAGUAGGUAUUUAGCAGAAACUAACUCCAUAAUGAAUGGAAUUUAAUUCCACACAUGGUUUGUUCAAGCACACUUAUAAGUAGUCUACUUUUAAAUGUCUUUUAAAAAUGUAAAUAUUUGGAUGAAGCUUUUCUUUGUUUCAAUAUAGUCAUUUGCAUCAUCAACCUUGGUUUCAGAAUUUAUCUUUUGGACAAGUUGGUUUCAGAAUCUGUUAAAUGGAUUUAAGGAUCGUGUGUAUCAAACUCUGUCACCUAGACAUUUGAGAACAAUGUGUCAUAAAGCAUGGAUCUCUGAUUGUAUAGCUUCAUCAUUUGGAUCAUGUACUGCAGUUAGGGACUUUGGAACUGACAACUGUCCACUGAAACUUUGCCAAAGAGUUUGGAAAGGAGAAGUGAGACUGUGUGUGACAGCUGAGGGGAAAGAAUCAGGUAGAAAUGAGAAGUAACAGUGACGUCAGAAAACAGAACUUUGAUGGGAAGGAAAGGGCUACUGUCCUUAGAGUGUGACCAGCUUAUCAGCCUGGAAUUGUUAAGGAGAGCUGAGGGGUAGAACAUUGAGACAGUCAUGCAACAUGGUAUAGGAGAGGGUGUUACAUGCAGGAAUGCGCAGCAUUCAUCUCGUGUACCUACUCUUGGUAUAAAGGAAAAUGUGCUUGGUAGUAUAUUUGAGUCAUGAAUUUUGUCUGUUUUUAAAUGGGUCUUAACAGCCAUGCUCAGGGUGGUCUUCAAUUCCUUCAGUAUGGGAUGAAACAAUUUCAUUAACUCAACAAUAUAUAUGCUCUCAGCAAGAUUUGAGAAGACUAGACCCUUGAUUUUUCUUUGAGUUCCAAAAUUGUUUGUUAGCUUGAAUUAAGACUAUUUCUAGGUAGAGCUGAAGUAACCUAUUCAGUGUUGGAUGGCAUUUACAGCCAUAGUACUAGGCAGUAACUUGGUCCAUUUUUUUCUUUUGGUUUUUGUUUCUUCCAAGACAGGGUUUCUCUUUAACCGUGGCUGUCCUGGAUUGGCUUUGUAGACCAGGCUGGUCUUGAACUUACAGAAAUCUGCCUGCCUCUGCCUCCCCAAGUACUGGGGUUAUAGGCAUGUGCCACCCACCGUACCCGGUGGUCUGAAUUUCUUAAAUAAAUUUACCCUUACUCAGCUUAUGGAAGAGCAACCUAACCGUCACUUUGUUAGCAGUAUGUAUGUGAUGUUAGGUUUCAUGGCUGUGCUAAUCCAUCCCAGAGAAAAUUGCCUCUGCAGAGUACUUUCUAAGGCUGGACAGGACUUAGCAGUUUCCUGCAGAUUAGAUAACUAAGCAAUAGUUGCUUCAGGGUGUUAAUCUUGUUCAUAUUUGCAUGAUUCUGUUCAUUUUCUAUUUACACAAAACCUAGACGUGUGACUGUCUCUGAAGUUCUGGGGGUCUUUUCUAGAUCUUGGCAUUGUGGCGGCACACUGAGGCUGCUUCCCUGUAGCUGUCUUGGUAAGAAAGUGGGAAGGGGGGCUUGUUUAUCAGACAGGAGUCAUGAGCUGUGUUCUGUUGGGCCCCCCUGUUGAUGAACCUUGCAGCAGCUCACAACAGGGCAGGUGCAUUGCUCUUUCUUUGCACGUGGAAAGAGUCACUGAAUUGAAGUGACUUAGAGGCUCUGUUAAAUAUGCUUCAGAGAUUUUUUUUUUUCCAACUCUAUAGUGUUCUUUCCUUUGACUCCAUAUAGCAUCUCAGAAGUCUUAUAAAACCAAGCAUUUGGGCAGCUUACAAAUACUCAUUUUCUGGAAUCCAGCAGUUAGAAGGUUGAAGUAGUCUUGGUACUGAAUAUACAGAUGUGCUUGUACCGUGUACACAUUAAACACACUUGCCACUUAAUUCAUAGGCACUCUGUACUUGGCUUGUAGUGUGUGUGUGUAGAAUUACUUGAACUGGAGAUUUAAUUUUCAUAAUUUUGUUAAUGACAGUACCACAUUUAAUCUUCAUUAAUAUGCUUUAUAUGUCUCCCUAGUAAACGGUCAUGUUCUUUAAAAACAUCUGUCAGUGUGUGGUGGUGCAUGCCUGUUAAUCCCAGCACUCGGGAGGCUGAGGUAGAAGGAUCAUAGAAAGGCCAGCCUGGCUAAUUUGUAAGUCUGUUUUUAAAAAACAAAAACUAUGUUUGGAUUGUUUGAUUGGUUUUGUUUGUUUUGGCUGAAAUACCCAUAUUCAUGUUAGAGAUGGACUAUCUGCUUGUAUUACACAGGCAGGUUUGGACAGGUCUGGGUUAUAAGACUUCUGAGAUAAUUUCUAUUUAGUUUGGAUUUUCUUUAGGCACAGUAAGACAUCAUGAAGAAAACCCAGUAUACCUGGAAAGUGCAAAGGAUAGCUCUGUGGGUAGUUUGUGCUUGUUUUUUUCCUUGGCUUUUCCAUGUGUAGACUUGUGUAGGUGCCUGGGACAGUCUGUCUCCCUAUGAGCAUAUCUCCCUCUGCUGGGCUGUCCGCCUGAGUUUGUGAACUCAGUCUCUAGCCCACAGUUAGGUGGAAACCUGUGACUGCCUAUAAAGAAGCAACAGGGCAAAGGCGGCAGGUAAAUCCCCGAGCUUGAGGUCUCUAGGUCAGCCGGAACUACAUAGCGAGACCCUGUCUCAGGAAAAACGGCAACAAAGACUGGGAACAUAGCUCCAGUGACAAUGGCCUUGCAGGCAUGAGGACUUGGGGUUGCUCUCCAGAACACACGUGAAAGUGCCAGCUGUGGUGUCAUGUGCUGGGGAAGUAAAGGAACAAAAGGCCCCCUGGGGCUUGCUGGCCAGCCCUGUCUCAAAGGUGAUACCCAAGGUUGUCUUCUGGCUUCCACACACCCUCCUCACUCGCCAUUUUGCCAGGUGACUGUCGUGGUUCAUAAAGACUUUGGUGGGGUAGGAGAGAGGUCUCUGGUUAAGAACUUACUGCUCUUGCACCCAUACUGGGUGACUCAGAACUGUACCUAUACACAGACAUAUGCAAGGUUAAAAAAGAAAUAAUUCCUUAUAAAAUAAAUAUUCCUAGUGAGGAACUCAUUAGCCAUGAAGCUGAAUGAAGAGGCAGUACAAUGUGAUGUGCCCGCUUGGAAACUAGAAGACACCUGGGUCUUAAGUGUGGCCACUAGCCAAAGGUUAUCCAAUCUCUGGUCCUUCAUAAGCGGAGCGAAACUUGAAAUACUGCUUUUUAAUUGUUUGGUUCUAUUAACAAACCUGUAGUCAGUACAGCAGUAUCAAAUGGUUUUUCAAAAUAGCUGUUUACUUAGAAAGGGGGUUGGGGAGUCACCUUCUAUCAGUAGGGUUUGGAUCCCUGUGUCUCAUAGGCAACUUUGGUUUCCUUUCUAACAGGUUUCUGCCUGCCCUCAGGGUGGUUAGGUGUUUCUGGAGUCAAAGGCUUACAGUGUGCUUUGUACACAAUCAGCAGUGGCUGAUGGUUCGUCCUGUGAGCGUGUGGUGCUGUCGUACUACCCAGGGAGCACAGGGAAGCGGUACAGUGGACUCUGACCUCGAUGUGAAGUAAUACUCUACCAGGGCUCUAGACCAUUGAACCUGCUCUCCAGCCCCCGAGACAGUUCUUAAUACACUUGCUGCCUUCCCUGAGGGAGAUUGAAAGCAUUCAGCUCCUGCUACAUAUGAGGUCAGGAUUCCAUCCCCUUGAAUCUCCUGAGCAGCUUGUUAAGAGUUGCGUGUGUUUAAGGCGCUCCUGCAUUUAGACCUUUUCCUGACCAUUAUAUGUUCUUUCCCUGAUCAACUCAAACUGAUGCUUGUCUGUCCAACCUCCAAGCCAGGAGCUGUAGUGCAAGGAAUGAGAGCUGGAGCAAGGCUUCAGCCGGCUUUGCUUGAAGUUGAGGCUGCUGCAGGUGCCACAGAGUCUGAAGGUCACUGUAGUGUCAGCAUGAGGACAUUCUUGUAGUUUACCCAAAGCACACACUUGCUUUAUACUGAAACCUUACCUAGAAGUCUUUGCAUCUCAGAUGCCACAGAGAAGAGUGACCCAGUGGUCACCCUGCUGCUUUUUACACAUGGUCUUUUGGCCUAGGUAGGGUUUUAAGGGAUAGUACUGACCAAGCACUUGUCCCAUCCAACACCGAGACUACCUGGCUGACAGCAAGCCACAUAAAACAUUUAGCUGCUGACCCUGUGGCUGAACCCCUUCCUCUCCCACCAUCCUCUCCAUCUCUGGCUCUUCAUACUUCUUGAAAGCCAGGUCUGAAAGCCUGCAGUUGCUUCUGCUUCUUUUAGGUCUGUGUUGUCUCCUUUGCGUUGCUGGCUGCCUUGCCUUCCAAUUGAGGCUUGCAGUCUCAAUUUCCUUCUUAGUCCUGCUGGACAAAGCCUGCUCUUCUAGGAUCUUUGCCCACCCCACAUGCCCAGAGCACUGGCACUCAGUUUCCUGGCCUCCAACAGCCCUAAGUCUACUUUCCAGUCUAGGACCAUGCUGUUGGGAUGCUGGCUGGCUUAGGAGCUUUGUCGUUUCUCACCACAAUUUCAUGUUGUUGUUGUUGUUUGCUUCAGUCCUGGGUUUUCUGAUGUACAUUAUUUCCUUCAGGGCCAUUCUAACUGCCAGAGACACAUUAUUUGUCCUUUUUCCCAGGCCAAUAACUUGUUUCCUCUCUUUGGUGGCCCUCCUUCCAACUGUGUCACCUUUUAGCAGCAUGACUCCCUUUUAUCAUCCAGCCUUAAUAUUUUAAUGAAUAACAGCUAAUCCUAGCUCUUUGUGAAGUAACAUUAGAUUUCGGUUCUCUGUGCUUCUGAGAUGUCUCUGAAUCAAAACAUUACUUUUUCUAUUGCUCCAUUUCUUUAGGAGGCUUGGAUCUGCUCUGUUUGCGCUUCUACACUUGCAGUUUCCCACAGUGUGGCUUAGGCAGACCCAUUUAAGAAGCUUUAUAGUGUGAGGUUCUUCAUGGUGAUGUGUCUGAAGUUGUUCUUUGGGUAUCUUCUGUGUCUAUUCAGUGACAGUAGGAGUAAUGAACCCGUAAUUCUCAAGCAGCUUUGGUUAUGCAUUCCUCAUGAGUAUCAAGACUGUGUGAAGUCUGGUGAGCCCAAGACAUAAAGGUACCUACUUCUCUCCCUGCUUCUGUUUCCAAGGUGUAUAUCCUACUGUUACAACCAAUUGGGAAAGCACCUCUACAAUAGGAAAGCGUUCCCAAGUACCAGCCCAUGUCAAAGGUUGGUUUGAGAGGUGAGACACACGAAGUUAUCUAAAAUACUAAACAGAACAAAGAGGAAAAACUAGUUCAGGCAUAGUGGCUCAUAAUCUGGGAGGCAGGGGUAGGUGGAUUUCUUGAGAGAUCAAGGCCAGCCUGGUCAAUGUAUCAAGAUCCUGUCUAAAAAGGAAUUACAAAUUUGAUCAUAAUUUUCCUUAGAAUGUUUUAUGUUUUUUAAAGGUAAGAUACUCAUUACAUAGAAAAAUGUUGCCAUUUCAGUUAACAGUCUGUUGUAGAAUCAAGGGGACUAAUGAGUUUCAUACUAAGCCUGAUAAUGUAGGCCCAGCAACUCAGGAGGCUGAGGCAGGAGCAUUGUGACUUCUAGGCGUGCUUGGGCUGUAGGUGGAUUUCAAGGCCAGCCUAGGCAGUGUAAAUGAGACCUUGUCUGAAAAGAGCCGAAGAUGCAGCGUAGUGGUAGAGAGCUUGUUUAGGGUGUAUGAGGCCCGGCGUUCCAUCCCAGCACUGCAUGUACUCAUGCACCCCCCACACACACAUGCACACAUUUCAUAUGUGCUUUGGGGCUUGUUGACUUUGCAGAUCGCGGUCAUAAAAGACAUGAGGGUCCCGAGACCUUUCCUCCUUCCAUUCCCACAUAUUAAGAGUUUGGGUUUCCAAUAGUCAGACACACCACAAACCAGCCAGGUAAACAUUCUUUCAUUAGGCUAGCCCACUGAGGCAGUAGCACCUAGGUUUCUCUCCAGGCUCCAGUCUGGGCAGUCACACUGUGUUCCUCACAGAAAGGUCACCUGACUGGAGGCUGCAGACUUGAAGAAUAUAGCUUUAUAACUAAUGACUUCAGCCUCUUCUGUGAAAGAAAAACAUGCUCUGAAGAGUGAGAAAAAACAAGAUCUAUAAGAACCAGUAUUUUUUUUUUAAUGUUUUCUUUUAAAUGCUUGGGAUAGUAUUCAAUUUCAGAUAAAUCUUUCUAUGCUGAAUCUGAGAGACAUCAAAAUGCUGACGCAGUCUUUUUAACGAGGGUGGUGAAUUUUUCUUUUUAAAAUGUUUGUAAAGUGCUUAUAUUUUAUAAUGAAAGCAAUAAAUAUGAAUGUUGAAUUUA